AUGGAGUCGUUGGGUGUUGGGGAGAUGAAGGCCCUGCAGGCGCUGCUCGAUGAGACCUUCCUUCCUCGCCGCUCCUGCGACCGACGCGGUCCACUGCCGCAGCGCUUGCGACUGCGGGCGGCGCAGGCGGCGCGCCCGGCGGAACGAUGGGAGGAGUUCGAGACCUGGAGGACACUGAUGCUGGAGCAGCAGCCGGAAGGUCUACCGCCCUUAAACCCUCCUGUCCGGACCUGGCGCUUUGGAGCAGACCAGACGGAAGCGCGGUGCAAUGAAUGCUACUUGUUCCACGGCACCUCCUGGGCGUCGGCGCAGCGGAUCCUGGACCAGGGCUUCGACCUGGACCUCUGCGGGCUUUGGCCCCAAUUUCUCCAAAGCGCCCCUCUUCCCUGA